AUGAAGGAGAAAAACGGAAUUACUAAAGAGUUUGACUCUGGACAGACUCCGUCCACAGUAAUGGAAAUGGAGAGGGGGUCCCGUAAUCGCGAUGUCAUGGAGAUCCCAGGCGGUGCGCUUUGUGGGGAUAACUGCCUCCCAGGAUGUAUAGGGAGCCACUUUGCCUCAACCUCCAUGGAGGGGACCUACCGGGCCUAUUUUACCCGGCAGAAGCUGGAUAUGCUACCGGUGUUGUUGCUAUUUGCCUUUCUGUUCGACGUGUGCGUCCUGACUUUAUAUCUGGCAAGUUACGACGAAUCGAAGCUGACUGAAAUCUCAAUUAUGGGUAUCUCCGUUUUAACAAACCUUAUCUUAUUCGUCCUGUGUAAAUUCAGACUGGUAUCGGAGUGGUCUUUAGCCAACGUCAUGCCGUUUUUCAUUUGGAUACUGUUGUGUGGACAACUUUUCGCCCACCUGGGACUUCACUACCAUCCCCUUACCCCCAGUGACGGGGUCGGAUGGGUGGUGUUUUUCAUUUACGCGUCGUAUGUCAUGAUGCCUCUGCGACUGCUUUUUGUGUUAUUGCUGAGUGCCAUCGCCACGCUGGGUCACAGUUUGAUGAUUGGAAUCCUCGCUUCGGCGAAUACCGAGUACCUUGCCUUACAGUUGCUGGCUAAUUAUUUGUUGUAUAGCUGUGCCGUCCUCCUCGGUUGUGUGUCGUACCUAAUGAUGGACCGAAAACUUCGCAGAGCAUUCCAAGACACAAGAGCGUCACUCGAGGUCAAGGUGUCGUUAGAAGAACAGAAACAGCAGCAGGAAACACUGUUACUCUCUGUCCUUCCAAAACACGUAGCGGCUGAGCUUCAAGAUGACGUAGGCAGGUCAUCCAUCCAAAACGGUCAAUUUAAUAAAAUUUAUAUCAGGAGAUACGAAAACGUCAGUAUCUUGUUUGCCGACAUCGUUGGGUUUACCGCCAUGUCGUCGAAAUUGUCAGCGCACGAGCUGGUCAAGGUGUUGAACGGACUGUUCGCGACGUUCGAUAAGCUAGCUGAUCAACACAACCAAUUAAGAAUCAAGAUUCUUGGAGAUUGCUACUACUGCAUAUGUGGUGUACCGGACUACAAUUCUGAUCAUGCCAACUCGACUGUACAAAUGGGACUAGACAUGGUCGUAGCAAUCGCGACUGUUCGGGAGAAAACCAAAUCUGGCGUUGACAUGCGUGUUGGCAUACACACUGGUGCUGUUCUGGCUGGUGUUAUGGGACAGCGACAGUGGCAGUUUGAUGUGUGGAGCAAAGAUGUCACUUUGGCAAAUAAUAUGGAAUCUGGUGGUGUCCCGGGGCGAGUACAUAUAUCUGAUUCCACAUACGAAUGCUUGUCGCAAGACUUUAUUUCUGAACCAGGAGACGGAGAUCUAAGAAACGAUUACAUCAAGGCCAGAGGAAUUAAAACUUAUCUAAUCAAAGCAACGGCGUUACCUAUUAAAAACGGUACAACUCAAAUUGACAGUUUGGGCAUUCCAGUCGAGACAGUGAUUGACGUCGGUGACGAGAAGGGGUCACAUGAUGAGGUUGAAAGCGAGAAGAACGCAAAGACGUCAUUGGCGGCGAGGGCACAGAGUGCUAGGCAAAUUGGCUGCGACGCCGAAGUCAACAAAAUCAUUUACGAAGCCUUGGUGGAACGGGAGCACAAUGCAAAUAUUUCCCAGCAAACGAACACAAUUUUCCUGAAUUUCAAAGACCCUGAGCUUGAGACCCAGUUUCAUUGUGAGAAGGAACGCCAAAGCGCAGUCGCCAUUGGCUGCUCCGUCGUCAUCAUAGUUUUCGCCUUUUUCACACAACUGACAAUUUUACCGAGGACCAUGGCAAGUUACGUAACCUUUGCAGUGGGUUUAUCGCUGCUGUCUCUUUUGACAUUCCUAUCUGCCGGCACGAUAUUUCAAGAGAAAUUCCCAAAGUCCCUCGUGCGUUUUGCCAACCGGAUAGAGACCACUAGGUGGGCACGCAAUGUGUGGGCAAUGCUGGUCAUAGCAAUACUCGGAGCCGCAGAUAUGAUAGACAUGUUUUCCUGUGACGUCGAGACAGACUAUCCUGAAAACCUGACUGCAAUGUACCCAUACGAUGCCCGUUGCUAUUAUCCUCAAUAUUUCGACUUCCUAGCAAUUCUAGUCUUGAUUGGGAUAACAAUGUUGGUGCAGAUUACAAGUGACGUAAAGUUGUUGAUGCAGAUAGUAAUUACUCUCAUGUACUGCGUAAUAAAUAUAGUUCUUCUUCCCGAACUUUACGACCGUUAUGACGGGUCUAUCUACACAGGAGUCUAUGGAACUCACCUUAUUCCUACGAAGUAUGAGAUCACGGCAGCGCUUUUAAUUAUAUCUCUGGCGCUGCUUUACUAUAACAGACAUAUGGAGUUGACUUCGAGGUUGUUGUUUUUAUGGAGAGUCGAAGCAAAAAACCAAAAAGACGAAGUUUAUGAAUUGCGAAGAAAGAACGAAGCGUUAAUAAUGAAUAUCAUGCCGUCCCAUGUUGCCAAACAUUUUCUUGGAACAAAACGGAAAGACGAGGAGUUAUACAGCCAUUCUUAUGACGAAGUAGGGGUCAUAUUUGCAUCAAUUCCAAACUUUUCCGAAUUUUACACCGAGGAUCUGAUAAAUAACCAAGGGGUGGAGUGUUUACGUUUCCUGAACGAAGUUAUCUCUGACUUUGACGGUCUCUUAAACGAACCUCGUUUCAAGACUAUUACCAAGAUCAAGACCAUAUCCAGUACGUAUAUGGCGGCGUCCGGGAUGUCGACAGACUUCGACAACUUAGUGUCUUCUGGCACGAGACAACGAUGGUCACAUCUCGCCGAUCUGGUCGAGUUCUCGUUGGCACUCAGAGAAAGUCUGGAUAAAAUCAACCAACAAUCAUUUAACAACUUUAUUCUCAGAAUAGGUUUAAAUAAAGGGCCGGUCCUAGCUGGUGUAAUAGGGGCAAGGAAACCUCACUACGAUAUAUGGGGAAACACAGUAAACGUCGCCAGUCGUAUGGAAAGUACUGGAAAAGCCGGACAUAUACAGGUUGUCGAAGACACAAUGAAGUUACUACGUCCAUUCGGGUAUAAAUUUGAGCAGAGGGGUUUGGUCAAAGUCAAAGGCAAGGGCGAACUCCUGACCUUUUACCUCAUCGGAAAAGAAGAUGGCUGCAAUGCUCUACCAGGUGCCAUAUCGUAG